UUCAAUUUGUUCCAGCAAACUUCUUGAAAGAAAUCAUAAAAAUGCGCGUUCUAUUCCUCGUUGCUCUUAUCGCCGUGGUGGCCGUGGCUUCUGCCCAUAGAGGCGGACAAGGAGGACAGGGCGGCCAGCAAGGUGGCUCCCAGCAAGGAGGACCUCAGGGUGGCUCCCAGCAAGGAGGACCCCAGGGUGGCCAGCAGGGUGGACAGCAAGGAGGUCAGCAGGGUGGCCAGCAGGGAGGACAGCAGGGAGGACAGCAAGGAGGCCAGCAGGGCGGUCAGGGAGGACCUCCACAAGGCGGCAACAGCUCCGACUCUAGCUCCAGCUCCGAGGAGGAUUCCAGCUCGGCCUCUGCCUAA